AGUCCUUUCAUAAUGUAAUUUUGAUGUAUGCUCCAAAGCGCCAUGCCUAUUCAUACUCAGUAUACCAAGCUAGAAACCGGCUUGCUGCCUUGGACUUUAACCACCACAGAGGCCGAGCACCAGCAACUACAGCUGAUGGGAAAGAAAGGUACGGUCGGAAGUUCAGUAAGCGUACACAACAGUGGUGCCGUGUUCGUGUUCUUGUACCAAAAGAAUUUAGUUACAUUCCUGAACUGAUGCAGAAGGUUUUUAUAAAGAGGAUCACAUCAGAAGGGAAUGUAAACAAAAGACUUGGUAUUCCAAGUGAUGAUCCUAGACAAAUUGCACCCAAUAUUGCCCCUGUUCCUCCUCCAUCAGUACAGACACUUGUCGACACACAUAAAACAAGAUUUUAAUGGUUGUGUGUAAAAUCAAGUUACUUUGGGUAGGUGGAGUUCAUUAGCCAUGGUAGGCAGUUCACCUAAGAGAAGGAAAACUCUAAUUUCAAACCCCCAGACCCUAGGUCAGGCUGUUAUUGUCAGAAUCAUUGAUGUUAUCAUCAUUUCAUUUGUGUUUCCUAGGCAUGCUGACGAGCUCUGAUAUAGAGCGAAACAGCCAUAAAUUUAAGAGCCCAUUAUCAAUGAAAUAUGACACAUAAUAUCUUAAAUGGAAUGUUUUAUUAAAUUAUUAUGAUAUAUGUAUAGUGUGUCCCAA